UUAGACACCCACAUGGCCACAAAACAUUAAAAUCAUGUGGGGCAGAUGAAAGGACAGGAGUUACAAUGUCAGACUUUGUAGUUUAAAUCUCUUUUCAUUUUCUGAUCUUAGAUCUAGUCUAAGUGCUCUGAAGAUCCUCUGUCAAAAAGAUCCAAAACCCUUUUCUUAUCCAUUGCUCCAUUUAUCACUCAAAUCUCAGACCAACUCUGCCAUACUGAGUCUUUAUGUGCUUUUACAGCUAGGUCUGUUCCUGAAAUUUGGCACACCAAAAACAUUCAGCUCAAGUUCUAGGUACAUAGAACCAAACACGCCUCAGUAUUCUCUGAACUUGCAUGAAAGCUACUUGGAUUUUCAUCCCAAGGUAUAUAAUAUAACUUAAGUAACUCGGAUCGUGUGAAGCAUCUUACUUCAGUCACAGAAACUUGAUCUUUUGUUACUCUAAGGGGUUGCCAAAAGAACUAUGGUUAGAUCCUGCUGGAAACCAGCUGCGGUGGGUGAUGAAAGAGAUGUGAAUGGACGAGUUGAGGGGCUGCUAUGGUACAAGGACUUGGGGAACCAUCUUUAUGGGGAAUUCUCAAUGGCUGUAAUUCAAGCUAAUAGUUCAUUGGAGGAUCGUAGCCAACUUGAAUCUGGACCCUUGACUUCUGAUUAUUUGGGUCCUCAAGGAACCUUUAUAGGUGUAUAUGAUGGUCAUGGUGGCACCGCGGCCUCACAGUUCGUCACUGACAAUCUUUUCUGCAAUCUUAAGAGUUUGGCUGCUGAGCAACAAGGCAUUUCAGAGAAUGUUAUACGAAGGGCCUUUUCAGCAACAGAAGAGGGUUUUCUGUCUCUGGUGAAGAAACAGUGGCUGAGCAAGCCACAGAUUGCAUCCACGGGUACAUGUUGUUUGGCGGGGAUAAUUUGCAAUGGGAUGCUGCAUAUUGCAAAUGCAGGAGAUUCAAGGGUGGUGUUGGGGAGAGUAGAGAGAGCAACAAGGGAAAUAUCAGCUAUACAAUUAUCUGCCGAACACAACGUUAACAUCCAAACAGAGAGAGAUGAACUUCGGUUAAAGCACCCUUAUGAUCCACAAAUCGUGGUUAUGAAGCACAACGUUUGGCGUGUGAAAGGCCUGAUACAGGUUUCAAGAUCCAUAGGUGAUGCAUAUCUGAAGAAGGACGAAUUUAACAGGGAGCCUCUACAGCAGAAGUUUAGACUACCUGAACCCUUCUUCAAGCCAAUUCUUAGUCAUGAACCAUCAAUAUCAGUACAUAAGCUUCGUCCUGAAGAUCAAUUUCUCAUCUUUGCUUCAGAUGGUUUAUGGGAGCAACUUAGCAACCAAGAGGUUGUCAACAUAGUGAGCAAUAAUCCACGAAAUGGAAUUGCUAGGCGACUUGUGAAAGCUGCACUUCGAGAAGCUGCUAGGAAGAGAGAAAUGAGAUUCUCGGACCUCCAAAAGAUUGAACAAGGAGUGAGGAGACACUUCCACGAUGAUAUUACAGUUAUUGUUGUAUUUCUAAAUCCCAAACUCAUUGAUAAUAGCUCUCUCAUGGCUUCUCCUCUUUCAAUCAGAGGAGCAUGCUUUGCAAGUCCUUAAAGCAGUUUGUGAUUAUUGUUGAAGCUUGAAGAUUAUCAUGGAAUAAAUCUUUCAAACCCGAUAUCAAAGGAUACUAAAAGAAGAGGCCCAGCCAUACAGCUUAUUCCCCCAACAACAGUAAAUAAAUAGACAAGUCAUUAGUAAUAUGACAUUGUGAUGAUUGAUGAAUUUACGAAAAUAGUAACGAUUUACGUAUAUCGAAACUGAAUAAAGCACUUAUCACUACAAGCAAGUUUAAAUUCUC